UUCUUACAUAAUCAAAAAAGGCUUUUAUUUGUAUGAAGGUUCAUUAACAUAGUCACAUUCACCACAGUGUCGCGCUCGAGGCAUCUUUUUCCUCGGCGUUCUAAUUAUUGGAAACAAAUUUUAUGAAUAUCAACUAAGGAAUGGAAGAAUACGCAAGAGAACCAUGCCCAUGGCGUAUAAUAGAUGACUGUGGUGGUGCAUUUACCAUGGGUGCUAUUGGUGGUGCAGUAUUUCAAAGUAUUAAAGGAUUUCGUAAUGCACCCAGUGGAAUAAACAAAAGAGUCCUAGGAAGCCUUAUAGCUAUUAAGCAGAAGUCUCCUAUUAUUGCUGGAAAUUUUGCAUUAUGGGGUGGUAUGUUUUCUACAAUCGAUUGUACUUUGGUUCAUCUUAGGAAGAAAGAAGACCCAUGGAACUCUAUUAUCAGUGGAGCAGCUACUGGUGGAAUAUUAGCAGCAAGAAAUGGUUUGCCAGCCAUGGCUGGUAGUGCAAUUAUUGGAGGAGUGUUAUUGGCUUUAAUAGAAGGUGUAGGAAUAUUUAUUACCCGUUUAUCUGCAGAACAAUUCAAACCUCCAUCGUUCACUGAAGAUCCAAGCCAUCUGAGACAAGGUCAUCCAUCGUAAAACGUAUAAAUAUAUAGAUAUAUUUUAAAUUACACUCAAUUAAUUAAGUACAAAUGUUUCAUAUUCUUUGAAACAAUAGUAGUUGACAGCUAUCGUAUUGCCAGUACAUCAAAUUUGUAUAGACAAUUCAGUCCCUCGAUUUAAGAAAUAUAAUAAUAGUUUGGUUUCUAUUUAA